AUGUCCACUUUCAAUGCAAUAAACAUUUCGCCGCAGGAAGAGCAAGUGGAGGCAGAGGAGCACUCGAGAGAAUUGCAAGUUGAAGAGGGGUUUAGAAUAUUUCAAGAAGCAUUGGUUUCUUUGAACAGUAAGAAAUUCGAUAAAUCUGACAUUUGUUUCAAUGAGCUCUUUGAUAUGGAUAUCAUGAAGCCAGAUAGAUGGGGACUGUAUAAAUACUCAUCUCCAACAUUGAACCGUCUUCGUUACUUGGGGUAUCGUAAUCGAGGAAUGUAUUAUUACGCAUAUUUGAUGGAAAAGAAUGACUCGCUGGAAUCAGAUGAGAUAGUUAAUAUUAUAUUGAAAGUUGUUGAGAACUUAACUGAAUCAUUGCAACAUAGUGAUGCAGAUUCUUCAGUGACAGAUUUAUUGGUACAAAUAUUUAGCAGUUUCAGGUCCCAGAAACUGAAAAGACUGAUUUUAGAAUAUGAAUUAUCUAACAGAGAUAACCAUUUAACCAUGCUAGGCCGCAAGAAGAGAAGUAUUUUACCUCAAAUGGAAUACGUUAUAUAUCAAUAUCGGCAUUUACUUGAUGAUUUACACGCUACUACAGAAUUAUCCUUAUUGAAAGAAAAUACAAUUCCUGCUUUCCAAGAGAAAGAUUUGAAUUCAGUACUUCUAAAGAUUCAAAAGAUGAAAACUGAAGAUGAGAUGUUGAUGCGGAACUUGGACGUUCAUGAAAUUACAUUAAAUGAGAAAUCCUGGGAAGCAUUGGCAAAUUCAUUGAAAGAAUUUCUAGUUCCAGUGAAAUUUUCAUCUCUUUUCAAUAAAAGCUCUGAUCCCUACGCUGAAACAGAAGAACCUGUUGAAGGGUUGAAGUUUAUUUUCAAGAAUAUACCUAUUAGUACUUCAACCGAUAAUGGAGACCUGGAGCAAGUCAUUGAUGCAGUAGAGGAAGCUGAAAACCCUAUAGAGAAAGUAGUACACGAAUCCUCUCCGGAAGAAUCAAAAAACUUGAAGAGGAAUACUGAUGAUAUAGAGCCACUUCGACAUUCUCAGCGAAGUAGUAAACGAAUUAAAGAGAAACCUAUAGAUGGGACAAUAUUAGAUAAACAUGUCGAUUUUGUGAAUCGGUUGAAAGACCUCCUGUCGAACCUCGAUUUAGAACUUCCUGUAGAACUGGAGAAUUUAUCGUUGGAAGCCGUUGAGUCAGAUAAAGACUUUCUUUUCUACAAGGAUUUGUACGAUUGUCUAAAGAACUGGAGUAACUGGCAUUCAGAUAUUUUUAAUCAGAAAACAAGUAGUUCCGGCUCGAGAAGAUUGAAAGAGGGCACCGAAGCAAUUCAACUAAAUUCUCUUUUGAAAUCUAAUGUUUUGGAGGGGAAAAGAGACGUACUCACGUUACAAUCUCAAUUACCUUUAACAAACUUAGAGUCAUUUGUCUCCGAUAUUAAUGAGAAAACACCGCAUUUUCAUGAGGUAAGAUUGUUAUUUUUAUCAUUCUUACUGAACCAAGAAUCUGGAAAAAGACCAGUAGCUGACUACAAAUGGUCUUCCGAACUUUAUAAAACUGUCGUAUGGCUCGUACUCAGUAUAGAAGAUAGUCUUUUCGAGUUUAUUGCCAGCAAUUCAACAACUUAUAGCUAUAUGGCGCUCUCCAUUUUCGAAGUUUUGGUAGACAUGCUCAGCGACUUGACUGAGGAUAUAGCGUCUAAAAAGUUUCAAGGAAACAAAAUUACUGACCUUAAAACUCAAAAGAAUAAAUUAGAGAAAAAUAUAGUCAAAUGGCAGUUCUUAUUAGAGAAUAUGUUGUCAGAGAAUGACCACUUCUUCCGCCUAUGUUUCCAAUGGAUGGAAUAUUGCAUUUUGCAAUUCACCAGGGAAACUGCUGACGAUGCAAUGAUAAAGUUGUUAAAUAAUGUGGUAGAGCAGUUGGAAGGGCUAGAAAUCCCAAUCAAUAUAAAAUAUCCCAAUUAUCAACACAUUCCAUGCUUAAAUAUGGAGGCAGUACGUUCUCAGCUAAGAAAAAUAAAAAUGAUAAAAAAAAUAGCUUUGAUAGAUGGUAUUUCGGAUGGAGUAUCUGAAAAUGUGGAUACGCCUAAUAAUAUACAGCAGAUAUCAUUUCUUGAAGAUGUUCUCUUAGCAAGUCUACGGAAGGAAGCACUUGUUAAUAAUGAAGAUAAAGAGUUAUUACAAUUUAUUUCAAGAUCCCCAUUGUUACUCAAAAUACAGUUAUGGAGCCUUCUAUAUGAGUGCUAUGUGACUUUUGAUGAUUUAAAAUCUGCUUCAAGGGUUUUCUUUCACAUAUUAGAAUUUUUAACCCUUGAAUUGUUUUCUUCCGAUUAUGAAGGACAGAUCUCACAAAAGAGGCAUUUCACAUUGUUAAAUAUCUUAUCAUAUUUAGGACAGAUUACCUCAAAACUAUUAUCUAUAUUAAAAUUGCAUAAUUGGGAUAUUGGCAAUGCCAUGAUUGAGCAAAGCCAUAUAAAGUUGGUUUUACGUGUAUUUUUCCUUUUCUACCCAAUAUUUUAUUUUGAAAGUUUAACUAACGCUGAUGGUUCGGUGAAGUCUUUUUUUCAAAGAGUUACUAAAUCGUCAGCAAGAAUUAAAGACCAGAUCUCUGAACUUAUAACCUUACUGUUGUUCUGUAUUAACCUUACCUAUAAAAGAAAGUCUCAAAGUGAGCAAAAGUCCAUGGUUAUCGGGUUAAUCGAUUGUUUCCAUAAGUUUUUAGGAAGUUUUAAUUGUUGUGGUGCUUCUGAUGGCCAUUUUCUCAUUCUUUCAGAAGAGUUAUUGUGUCAGUAUGUCGAUCAAGUAUCAUAUCUUCAAUUAAAACAGGUUCUCUGGUGCAGAUACCAUUACCUGAUUGUAGGAGACAAUUACACCCCUGAGCAGCACUCUACAAAGCCUUCAGUGAUGGAUAGAAAUAACUCGUUGCCAUUGGGCAUCUAUCUAAUGCACCUAUUGUACAACAAUACCAACCCGAUGUUGUCAUCAAGUGGAAAAACUUCUCUAAAGCCAGUAAUGGAUGAUAUAAUUGACACCUUGGGAGAUAUCAGCCAAACUACUAAUCACAUCGUAUUGAGGAACCAGUUUUUGUUUCAGAAUUACUUGAAGCAGCCUUUGUCGACAGAACUUUUUCGAAAGUCUUUUUGUGGUGAGGUUACUCUGAAUCUAUUAAUGCCGAAUGAUGAUCUACAAGAGGGAGCAGAUGCCGGUAUAUUUUUCUUAUCAAGUAUACAAUCACUGAAUUUGUACAAGGCACGGAAAAAAUCAAUGCAAGUCAGACCAUCUGAACUGGACUCUGUGUUAAAAACACUUAAGUUUGACAUUCUAUAUAAAACUGAUAGGUUUGAAAGCUGGUAUAUGUUAGGGAGAUGCUUCUCAUACAUUGUUGAAGAUGAUUUGAUAUGGACAGCUGAUAAACUGAAUGUUCCAGAAAAGAAAAGUGCGAUGGCGCUAACACAGAGAAAGGCGAUAUUAUGUUACCUUAUGUCGGUAAGUCUGUUCUAUAUGAAAGAGGGAAGAUCUAAUGAUGAUAAAAUUAUAUUUAAGGGAGUUUUAGAGGCAUUGGGCUAUCAACUGAUUAUGGGCUAUCAUAAGCCGAUGGAUAAAAUGUGCUUCUUUUGGAAGAGAGCGCCUUCUAUUUUAACUUUGUCUGUUGACCGUGAGGUGGUGCAAGAACAUCCAAAAGAAGCUAUUACAAUGUUGGAUUUCAAUAUCGAACAGUCGAUUCUUCUUUCUUUUGCUAAAGCGAAUUCCCUACAAGUUGAUAUAUCUCCUAAAACUCUCGAAGACACUUCAUCUUGGAAAUGUCAGUAUUAUGUAGGGAAAAUGCUAUUCAAAAUUAACAAAGCGGACCACUUUCCAAAUGCCAUAUCACAUAUGCUGGAGGCCUGUUCUGAGGUAUUAGAUAAUUCUGCAUCCAAGGACACUGUAAUUGAACCACAUUAUGCCCUUGUUAAUAUGUGUUACAAGUUGGUCAGAGAUGAGGCAAUUGAAGUAGGGAGUGCGAUGACGUUUAUUGUUAAAGAUAGGUUGUUUAGUAGUCAGGACUUUUCCAACCUUGAGGAGAAAGGUAUUGUAAAUGCCGAAAUGAAGAAAAGAUUUUAUCUUAAAAUUAUAGAACUUAUGAGGUACUUAUUAUCCAUUGAUAAAAAGAAAUGGCAUCAUAGACCUCAGUUUCGUAUAGCAUCUAUUAAGUUUAAACACUUGGAUGAUGUGGAUGGCGCCUUGGAAGAAAUGAAUAAUAUAGUUUCUCUGAAGAGCUCUAGAAACCUCGUAAAUAUAUGGAAGCCAGAGUUUGAAAGGCCCGGUAAACACUUUGUCUAUGCAUGCGAAUACGUCGUAUUUUACAUAUCACUACUUGUUGCAAAGUUAGAUUUUAAUUCAAUUGCAUUGACUCUCAAAAAAAUACGAAGGUUUGGUUCUGGAAUGGCCUCAAUCAACGAAGCCACUGACUACGCAAUCAGAAGCUAUAUACAGUGUGCAACUCAAAAGAUGGGCAUUGAUGAAAGGUAUAUUGAAAAAUUGUUGCCAUCUUUAAAUUACCAGUUGUUUCUUACAUCAAGUGAACAAUUGGAGAAAGAUUUUGUCAGUUCAGAUUACGCUGAAGAACAUAUAGAAGGUCUUAAGUUGGCAUAUCAAUUAAAGAAAAGUAAUAACGGUAUAACAUUUGAUUCUGUGUGCCUUUCCAUGUACUUCAAGUAUUUCUAUCUACCAAAGACAGAAAGCAACACAAAGACCGAAAAUUUAAUAGUUCCUUCUGAAGAUUCCAACACUUCUCCUAAUGUAACAAUUCACAAACAAGAUUCUGACACACGAGCCUCCACACCAAUUAGUGCAUCUCCAAAGAUAGGAGCAGCGAGGAAGCGUGUCAGCAAAAAGGAAGCUUUCGAUAGGAUUAAAGCACUACUAGAAAAGGUUCAAUAA